UUUUGGGUCAAGGCAUGCGCUGCAUGUUGAAAAGGUGAAAAUGGCGACAACUUCACGAAAGAGGCCCGCACGUGGCAAGAGAAACGACGAAUUGGAAGAAAAGUUAAACUUGUUUGUAGAUGCUCCAGCUGAUGAUGAUGACGAGGAGAAGGAUUCUGACAAAUCAGAUUCUGACUUGUCUGAAGGAUUCGAUGAAGAAUCAGGCAGUGAACAAGAAGGAGAAUAUGACCCCUUUGCCAACUUCGAUGAAAAUGAUAGUGAUGAAGAUGACGAAGACUUUAAACCAAGUGAUGUGAGUGAUGAGGAAGAUAAAUCUAUAUCAGAUAUGUCAGAAGGAGAGGACGAUACAAGUGAAGAUGCUGAUGAUGAAGAAACCAAAGAACCUGUGACACUGCGUAAGAAAGGCAAGCAGCUUAAGAAAGGUAAACAACAAGGGGAAAGCAGGAAGAAGAAAGCUGUAACUGAUGAUGUGAUUGAGAGUUCCUCCAGACCAGCUGUCACAGGGGAAUCCCCCAAAGAACCUUUGGACAACCAACCAUCUCAGGGCAAUGAUUAUGAAUUUGAUUCAUCAGAUGAAGAGGACAUACGGAACACAGUGGGGAACAUACCCAUGGAAUGGUAUGAAGGUUACAAGCAUCUUGGAUACGAUGUCAAAGGUCAAAGGAUUGUCAAACCAGAAGGACGAGAUAAACUUGAUGAAUUCCUCAACAAGAUGGAUAACCCUGAUUAUUGGAGGACUAUCUUUGAUAAGAAGCUUGGUAAAGAUGUGGUGUUGAACGAAGAACAGUUAUUGACUAUCCAGAGAAUCCAGCAAGGCUUCUACCCUGAGACGACCUUUGACCCUUAUGAACCUUACAUUGAUCAUUUCACCUAUGAGAAGAUGAUUCACCCAGUGACGAGGAGACCUGCUCAUAAACGCAGCUUCAUCCCAUCACUCACAGAGAAAGACAAGGUGAGCAAGUUGGUGCAUGCAAUUAAAAUGGGAUGGAUGAAACUACCCAGUGAGAUAGAAGCAGACAGAAAGAGGAAAGAGGAAGAAGAGAAAAAAGGACCCAAGUUCUAUGAUCUGUGGGGUAAAGAGGAUAACACUAAGAUGACUCGACGUCAUCAUGCUCACAUUGCUGCUCCUAAGAUGAAGCUACCUGGUCAUGAGGAAUCUUACAAUCCACUCCCAGAAUAUCUACCAACAGAAGAAGAGGUCCUGGCCUGGAAUGAACAAGACGCUGAAGAUAGGAAGAGUGACUUUGUUCCCAAGAAAUAUGACUGUCUCCGUAAGGUGCCUUACUAUCCUCGCUUCAUCCAGGACAGGUUUGAGAGAUGCUUGGAUCUCUAUCUAUGUCCCAGGCAGAGGAGAAUGAGGGUUCAAGUCGAGCCAGAGGAGCUACUUCCCAAACUCCCAAGACCCAAGGAUCUUCAACCCUUCCCAACCACUCAAGCUAUUGUGUAUGAAGGUCACAAGAGCUAUGUGAGGUCAAUUAGUACAGACCAAUCAGGAGAAUGGUUUGUCUCAGGUUCAGAUGACAAGACAGUAAGGUUCUGGGAGGUGUCAACGGGACGAUGUAUGAAGACCAUUGAGAUGGCCGAUACUGUGCUGAAUGUAGCCUGGUGUCCUAACCCAGCUGUGUGUCUGGUAGCUGUGUGUGCAGAGAAUAGCAUCUAUAUCAUCAACCCUCAUCUUGGGGAUAAGAUGGUUGCCUCAGGAACAGACAGGUUGAUAGAAGGAUAUGAGAGACCGGAGGAAAUGAAGACAUCUCCGCUGGUGGAAUGGAUUGUGGUAGAAGAUGAGGAGAAGAAGGAACAAGGGUUUAGGUUACAGCUCAAACAUUUCAAGGCAGUGAAGCAAGUGACAUGGCAUGGGAAAGGAGACUAUUUCUCCGCUGUGAUUCCAGAUGGUGGAAACUCGUCCGUUCUGAUCCAUCAGCUCUCCAAGAGAAGAUCUCAAGCUCCCUUCAAAAAGAACAAAGGACUGGUCCAAUGUGUAGCCUUCCAUCCUACCAGACCAUUCUUCUUUGUGGCGACGCAACGGUACAUCCGUGUGUAUCACCUAAUGAAGCAAGAACUUACCAAGAAGCUUCUAUCCAGUGCUAGAUGGGUUUCCAGUAUCUCAAUACAUCCAGCAGGUGACAAUGUGUUGAUAGGGAGCUAUGAUUGUAGAGUGUCUUGGUUUGAUAUGGAUCUAUCUACUAAGCCAUACCAAACCCUAAGACAUCAUAGGAAAGCUGUGAGGCAAGUCAACUACCAUCAUCGUUAUCCACUCUUUGCAUCGGCAUCAGACGACGGUGCUGUCAUGAUAUUCCACGGCCAAGUCUACAAUGAUCUACUACAGAAUCCACUCAUUGUACCUGUCAAGAUUCUACGAGGUCAUGUGAUUACAAACAGUCUUGGUGUGCUUGCUUGUGAAUUCCAUCCUACUCAACCAUGGAUACUGACUGCUGGAGCCGAUGCAACCAUUAGGCUCUUCACAUGAUCAUGUCACAUGAUGAUGUCACAUGAUGAUGUCACCUGAUGAUUACACUAGAUCAUUAGAACAUUUAGAACAUUCACAAUUGACCUAAAUGUUUAGGAGAUUAAGGUCAUGUAUUCAUGCAACAUGUAGUGAAUACCUGGGGGGCGUUUCACAAAACUUGUCAUCAGUGACAAAUGACAGUUUUUGUGACUUCUCAAAGGUGUCUGAAUCUACAUGCCCUUCCACACAAACAAGUCAGGAUUAGGCAAACACAUUGGCCCAAAUUCACAAAGGAGGUUUGUAGACAAACGACGAAACACGUCAUAUGACGCACAUAAAACUAGGUUUUUCGACAAACCUCCUUUGUGAAUUUGGGCCAUUAUGUAUAUGAACUUUUACCCUCCAAAUACAUAUACCACACUUUUGACCUUGUAACCCGGGUAAUUUUUUAUCAGACGGGUACUCGAGCAUCUUCAUGGUUCAAAGUUUGACCUAAAUUAGAGGUUUAUUAUUGUAGGAAUUUCCUUUAUUUAUCCCUCCAUAUUGAGUGGGUGUUCAAUGACAAAUGGUAAAGUCUGGAAAACAAUAAAUGGCAAAAAAAACCUUAUCCUCAUAAGAGAAAAAGAUUCUUGAAAUGGAAAUGAAUAUUGCUUUUAUAGUUGUCAUUGUAUGUCUUGAAAUGGUUUUCAUUCUCAAUAAUCACCAAUAACAUUUUAUAGAUACCAGUACAUGUAUUACAUAUUCAGAUUGCAAGUGAAAUACAUGAAGUUGAAAAUGCAAAUGAUCACUCCAAUAUCUAAUUGCAAAUAUUCACAUGAUAAUGGCAAUUAUGAUUAUUCCAAAUCGACACAAAGCUUACAAAUUAUGAAAGCAGAAUACAGCUAGUAAUCAUUGGGACAUGGCAGUUUCCAAACACACUGUCCUGUUGAAUAAAUUAUUUUUUAACCAUGUGUGUUGAUUUUGUUCCCGGUCUACCCAGCUCCCUUCUUCCAUCUAGACUAGAGAGGUUUCUAGGACACCAAGCAAUGUAUGAAAGGCAUGGCUGUCUAUGUUGUGUAGGAUUAGUCCUUGGAUGUCAAAAAGAAGAAUAGCUGUACCAAUAUUUGAUACCAUCCUGAGGCCUUGCCAACAUUUUAGGAUCAGUUUAAUAUUGUUUCACUGUAGACGUUAACCAGUUGGACUCGCCAUAAUGAAUAUAUACUAACUGUGACAGUUAGAGUUGUUGCUGAAAUACAAAGAACAUCAAUUUGAUUGGAAUUAUCCCGCAUGAUGCAUCUAAGAAUGUUUUGAUAUGAAGGUCCUACCCAUCCCCUGUACCUUACUCUAAACAAAAUUUCAGUGAAGGGUUCAAGUUUUGAGCGAUUUGUAAGCUCAUAUUCAGGAAUAAGAAAUACAAGUUAUUCAUUUUGUCUGCUGUGGCAAAAAGGAAUCUUGAGAAUUAUGUAAAAACAAAUCAGGGAGACUUAUCCUAGUGGAAAAGCUUCUAUUUUUAACUAGUUAACGAGUCAAACGUAUUUAAGUAUGCUCCUUUCUUCCUGCAAAUUCAUUGUACAAUUUUUGUUGACACACUGUAUGUUGAUAAAUAAAGCAAAAUGAAUUUUAUUCUA